UUCUUUCCCAAUCUUACAAGCUUUUGCCUUCAUUUUCCGAGGUUCAUCCUUCAGAUCAAUCACUCUAUAAAUAUUCCAAGCUUCAACCCUUCAAGCACUUAGGUCUAGAGUACUAAUAUUUGCAUGAUUUAUGGGUGAAUCUUCGGCUUCAUAUAUCCGCAUGGUGCACCGUCUUAUAGAAGAGUGUUUGAUCUUCAACAUGAGCAAAGAAGAGUGCAUGGAAGCUUUGUCUAAGCAUGCAGAUAUUAAACCAGUCAUUACUUCAACAGUUUGGAAUGAAUUGCAGAAAGAGAAUAAGGAGUUCUUUGAAGCUUACACAAACGGCAGGGGUCAAAGAGCAACUGAGAUGGAGCAGCAAAGGCAGAGGAUCCAAGGCAAGCUUAAUGCUUCCAUGGAGCCCAAUGACAAGAACUAACAUUUAUAUAUGUGUGUGUAUAUAUAUAUAUAUAAU